AUGACGAAGCCCAUACGAGAUCUGGGGUACGACUGUUUUUUGACGAUGCAAAGGAUAACGGUAAUACGCGCAGUCUCUGGAAGACCCUCACAAGCCAAAAUCUCAAAGAAAGAAGCCGUGAAGAUUCUGCAGAACGAUGUGGACAAGAAGAGAAAGCCCAUGGACUGGCGUAAGCUGCUCCUGAAGAAACGCAGGGAAGUGCCAGAUUGGCAAGAAAUUCUCCAACGAUAUGGCAUUUUAUCACCACUUGUUCUUUGCAUGGGUGGGAUUCAUGUGCCUGGCGUUCCUGCACGUAUGGUUCCGCAAAGUCUGCGUAUUCGAAUGGCUUGGUUCCCCCCUCAUAUCUACUCCCUGCGAGCUGCUCUCCCUCAGCUCUCCAUAUAUUGGGAAACCAUCCGGACGAGCUUUCCCUUGGGCGAGAUCGAUAGAUCCGGCACGAUUCGAGGCGACUUAACACUUGCCGAUCUGUUCAUCACAUAUAUCAACGGAAUUGAAGACUGCAAAAAUUGCUACGACAAUCUUGUGCCUCAUCGAAAACACAUGCUGCUUCCUUUCGCUGAUGUGUGCGAAUUGGAAGGUCAUGAGAACGUAGAAGAUCCAUCAGGCAGCUGGAUUGUACGUCGGUUGACGGAAGAGCACAACACGAGCAAUAAGGAUGAAUUGCAACGGAUUCAGGAUGAACAUCCGGGCGAGCAAUGCAUUUUUGAUGAGCUAGUCAUGGACAGGAUCCGUCCAACAAGAACUGUGGGCAAUUGGGAUCAAAAGUGGCCGGCAGACAUGGUGGCACGUUUAUACCCCUUCCUUCCCUUCAUUGGCGAUGGAAUGCCACGAGCUCGAAAGCACCUUCUGAACAUCAGCCUCACUCCCCCAUAUCAGAGCUCCGUGGCAGACGUGAAGCACGAGAAGCUUCCGAGCGGCAGAGUGGUGUUGAUUGUCGCGAGCGAUGGCCUACCGGAUAACUGCGCUCGAUUGACCCUCGAUCCCCACCCGGAUGUGGAGAGACGGAAUCAAGAGAUGAUUGAAAGCUGGGUGCGGUCUGCGAACAGAAAACCGCUGGAAGGGCUAGAAGAUGUGGAAGUGACAGCGGCUGAGCGGAUUAUACGGGAUGUGUUAGGCGGUAGGGAGGAAAGGAAGGUGAUGAUCAAUCUGACCGACUGGUUUCACGUGAAUAUAUGGGACGAUAUGACAGUGGUAGCGAUCGAACUGUCUUUGCCUGAAUAA